ACAAACUAUGUAUUUUUAAUAUUGGCAGUGAAUAUCAAAACGCAGCCUGAGUCAGCGGUUAUCGGCCGACUUCACGUAUAUGAAAUACCCUUAAAAAUGUGUGAAAGUGACGACGAAGUGUACGCUGAUAACCUAUCAAAUGUUAGCGAUCAGAUAACAGAUAACAGUGAUGAAGAAUCAGAUAAUGAAAGGGAGAUUAUAGCCAGGAGGAUAAUAAAUAUAUUGAGAUUAAUGAUGGCUGAUUCCGAUAAAAAAGAUAAUAGUUCCGAUGGAGAGGAAGUUGAAUGGUCACGCAAAGACAGUAAUGUCAAUAUACGAGACUGUAUAAAAGAAUCAGGACUGCAAAUAUCGCUUGAUGAUUGCGACAUACGAUCAUUUGUGGAACUAUUCCUCGGAGAUGAUUUAAUGAAAUUAUUUGUAAGAGAAACUAAUCGCUAUCAUGAACAACAGCAAAAUGAUUUCGAAGCAAAUAAAAAUAAAAAGUGGACGGAUACAGAUAUUGAUGAAAUGAAAAAAUUUUUUGCUUUAAUAAUUUUAAUGGGAUUAGUAAAAAAGACAGAAAAAAAUGAGUACUGGUCAACCGAUCCAUUAAUCUGCACUCCAAUUUUCGGAAAAGUAAUGACCAGACAUCGAUUUCGCCAAAUUUGGCGAUACUGGCAUUUUAGUAACAAUAAAAAUUGUCGAGACCGAUUAGAUAAAGUUAAACCAGUAACAACAUAUUUUCAAAACAAAUUUCAAACAAUUUAUAAGCCUGUAAAGGAAUUGUCUUUGAAUGGAGUUGUUAUACCAUGGCGGGAAAGGCUUUCCUUCCGUACAUAUAAUCCAGAUAAAAUUAUGAAAUACGGGAUAUUAGUACAUAUGCUGUGCGAAGCACGUUCCGGAUACAUAUGCAACUUUGAAAUACAUUGUGCCCAAGGAAUAAAAUUACAAGAGACAAUAAUUUCUGUACUAUCACCAUACCUCUAUUUAUGGCACGAAGUCUAUACGGAUGAUUAUUAUAAUAGUGUAGCACUCGCAGAAGAAUUAUUGAAAAAGGAGACUAAUGUCUGCGGAACAUUAAGCAAAAAUAGAGGUGUACCGCAAUGUUUGAAAGACAUAAAUCUAAAUAAAUCAAGUACGGAGUUUAGAAGGAAAGGCAAUAUACUCGUACAGGCGUUCCAAACGAAAAAAAAAUUAUUAUAUAUGAUAUCAACGAUGCAUGCAGCAAAUAUGAUUGAAAUUACACAUCCUAAGACGAAAAAGACCGUAAGAAAACCGACUUGUAUAGUAGAGUAUGACAAGUACAUGAAGGGUGUAGACUGUGCUGACCAGUACCUAUCUUAUUAUUCAAUUUUAUUAAAAACAAAAAAAUGGACGAAGAAAGUUGUCUUAUAUUUCAUAAAUGCUGCCCUAUUUAAUGCUUAUCAAGUUUAUGUAAAAAGUUCUGGUAAUCAUAUCCAAUUUAAAAGAUUUUUAUUAGGUGUUGCAAACUCAUGGCUAAACACUACAACUGAAACAGAGGAAUCAGAAUCAGGACAACCUGCAAUAUACAUAUCAAGAGCUGCAAAAUAUGAUCCAGUUAAUAGGUUGUGUCCGGAAAUGCGACAACACAAAAUUGUUCGAAUUAUAGGAAAAGGGAGAAUAAAAAAUCCACGAAGACCAUGCAGAGUAUGCACAGCUUCGAAAAAAAGAAGCUCAACUUCAUUUAUGUGUUCCUCAUGUAACGUUCCGUUGCAUGCUGGAGAAUGUUUUGAAAAAUAUCAUACUAAAUCGAAAUAUUAAUUUUUAAAAAACUUGUUGAAUAAUAAAAAUUUUACUU